AUGGUGGCGGGCGCCGGGGCGUUUUUCCGACGGCUCGGAGCGCUGAGCGGGGCUGCGGCCGUCGGGGCGGCCGCCUACGGAGCUCACGGUGAGGGCAGGCGGGUGCUGGGGUUGGAGAAUAGUGGGUGCAAUCCUGGCCUCGAUCCCCCGACGGUAUUUGUGGGCAGCUCCCAAAUACUGCGGAGAGAAUACAGUGGUACCUCGGGUUAAGUACUUAAUUCGUUCUGGAGGUCCGUUCUUAACCUGAAACUGUUCUUAACCUGAAGCACCACUUUAGCUAAUGGGGCCUCCCGCUGCCGCCGCGCAAUUUCUGUUCUCAUCCUGAAGCAAAGUUCUUAACCCGAGGAACUAUUUCUGAGUUAGAGGAGUCUGUAACCUGAAGUGCCUGUAACCCGAGGUAUCACUGUAACUGGGUGACCCACCUUGGAUCAAUUCUAUGCUUCCAGGCAGUGCCAUAAGAAAGCUGCAGAGAUAGUGCAGGAUAGUGCGCACCCUGGAAAUGAUCUCUUUCAGCUUCUGCCUUCUGGAAGAAGGUACAGGGUUAUAAAGACUAGGACUAGCCGCCUGAGAAACACUUUCUAUCCAAAUGCGAUUUUUGUUUUAAACGCAGUGUAAGGUAGUCACAGCGCGGGUGGCGUUGUAGUCUAAACCACAGAGCCCUGCAAUGGGGUGAGCUCCUGUUGCUCUGUCCCUGCUCCUGCUAACCUAGCAGUUCGAAAGCCCGUCAAAGUGCAAGUAGAUAAAUAGGUACUGCUCCGGCGGGAAGGUAAACGGCGUUUCCGUGCGCUGUUCUGGUUCGCCAGAAGCGGCUUAGUCCUGCUGGCCACAUGACCCGGAAGCUGAACGCUGGCUCCCUCGGCCAGUAAAGCGAGAUGAAUGGGUAACCCCAGAGUCGGUCAGGGGUCCCUUUCCCUUUACCUGAUUACAAAAUGAAAUCAACCAACCAAACCACUCAAAGCGGUUUACUGCUACUGCUAAUAGUAACGCAAUAAAAUGACCAGCAAGAAAAAUGAGCAGUGACUUAAGGCUUUUGAAAUGUUAAGUUACAACAGGCCAAAAACUUGCACCGUCAGCUUUCUAAAUAUCUGCAUGGGCUUGUCUAAGGAAUAAUGUUUUUAGACAGGCACUGAAAAGAGUUCAGUGGAGGCACCUGCCUGAGGUCAAUAGGCAGGGAGUUUCAAAGUUCACUUAAAUAUCACAUUAGGGUUUUGGCUCGUUUAGGCUGAGAAUUUCCCCGGGUGAAUUGGGCCCUCUGGUUUGCCUCCCUUGUUUGUGUUCCAAGCUCAGAGCAAGGAGACUUUUCCUCCACCAUAUCGCAUUUUGCAGCUGUCCGUUGGAGAGGCGUUGAUGACCCACCCCUUUCCCCCAGUUUAUCUCCUGUGCAGUUUCUGCUAACUCCUCUCUCUCUCUCUCUUCCCCACCCUCCUCCUCCCAGAUUUCCGUCGCAGCGACCAAGAUGACUACUUGAAAGAGGUAAACGGUCUUAUUUGGCUCAGUCAGUAGAGCAUGAGACUCUUAAUCUUAGGGUUGUGCGUUCGAGCCCCACAUUGGGCAAAUGAUUCCUGCAUUGCGGGGGGGUUGGACUAGAUGACCCUCAUGGCCCCUUCCAACUCCACUGUUCUGUGAUUCUAUUUAUUGCAUUUGUAUCUGUUACGCGGGUGGCGCUGUGGGUUAAACCACAGAGCCUAGGACUUGCCGGUCAGAAGGUCGGCGGUUCGAAUCCCCGCAAUGAUGGGGUGAGCUCCCGUUGCUCGGUCCCUGCUCCUGCCAACCUAGCAGUUCAAAAGCACGUCAAAGUGCAAGUAGAUAAAUAGGUACAUCUCCGGCGGGAAGGUAAACGGCGUUUCCGUGCGCUGCUCUGGUUCACCAGAAGCGGCUUAGUCAUGCUGGCCACAUGACCCGGAAGCUGUACGCCGGCUCCCUCAGCCAGUAAAGCGAGAUGAGCGCCGCAACCCCAGAGUCGGUCACGACUGGACCUAACGGUCAGGGGUCCCUUUACCUUUAUCUGUUACGGAAAAAUCUAGGUGUGAGGCUGCUCAGUCACCCAGCUGGUUGGGCAGAGAUCGCAGGUCCCUGCUGAAUAAAGGAAGGAGCCCAGCCACCAACUGGACAAAUAGUCGUAGACCAAAGUUUAUUGCGCAACAGGUUCAAAGAGGAAUUUUGAACCCUGAGGAUGGGGUGACAAGGACUUUUAAAACUUUCCCACCAUAUCCCAGAAUACAGUUCGUACAGCAUCAUUGCCACAUCACUGACAUGUCACCAAAGGGGAGGGGUAGACAGGGGUUACACUAGUUUUAACCUUGGCAAACAUGUCCAGACAAGUCCUUGGUCCAAGAUUGGCAUAAGCAGACAUGUCAGGGCAAGACCCAGGUAUAAGAUGAGCAGAGGCAAACACCUCUGAAGUCCCACCACCCAAAGUCCAAUACAACUUCCUUUGCAUGUCUGGACCCCUUGGCAAGUCCGGUGAUGGGAUUAGGCUUUCCUUGGCCAACAAUCAGCUCAGCAAUUGUCACCUCUGGGAACUUCCUGGAGUCCCUUUCAAGGGGGAAAUAGCUUUGGAAUGGAGGAAACUGGCAAAGGAGUUGAUUUUAUAUGAUUGUUAAAGCUAGGUAACUUCAAGUCGAAAAGAUACAUUUAUGCAUAAUAUUUGUAACAUUUAACAACUUUGAAGAUAUGCCCCCCCCCCCGUAAUUCCCGUAACAGUUGUUGUUGUUUAGUCGUUUAGUUGUGUCCGCCUCUUCGUGACCCCCUGGACCAGAGCACGCCAGGCCCUCCUGUCUUCCACUGCCUCCCGCAGUUUGGUCAAACUCACGCUGGUAGCUUCGAGAACACUGUCCCACCAUCUCGUCCUCUGUCGUCCCCUUCUCCUUGUGCCCUCCAUCUUUCCCAACAUCAGGGUCUUUUCCAGGGAGUCUUCUCUUCUCCUGAGGUGGUCAAAGUCUUGGAGCCUCAGCUGCAGGAUCUGUCCUUCCAGUGAGCACUCAGGGCUGAUUUCCUUCAGAAUGGAGAGGUUUGAUCUUCUUGCAGUCCAUGGGACUCUCCAGAGUCUCCUCCAGCACCAGAAUUCAGAAGCAUCCAUAACAGUAUCUCACCUUUUUUCUCCAAGGAGCCCACGGUGACGUGUACAUGGUUCGCGUCUUGCCCCAUCUAAUCCCCAGAACAACCCUCCGAGGUAGGCUAGGCUGAUAAGCAGUGGCUGGCCCCCAAGGUCACAUCUUUGUGGCUGAGUGGAGAUUCGAACCCUGGACUCUCCCAAGCUCAGAGUCCAAUACUCUAACCACUACACCACACUGGUUCUCCCCCUUCCCUUCCCAGUCCCUUUGGCUAAGCCAGUUAAACCGGAACCGCCGGUUGUCAUUGUUUGUGGGUGGAGCGAGAAACCCUUCCCUGGGGGGUUCAAAUUUUCACCCACCCCCCGGGGAGGAAUGAAGUGAGGCAGGUUAGUGGAAGAAGAGGCACUAUUGGGUGCGAUAGAUGGGAAAUGAGUUUGUGUGUUCUUAACUAGAUGGAAAGUGACGCGGGUGGCGCUGUGGUUUAAACCACAGAGCUAGGAUUUGCCGGUCAGAAGGUCGGCGGUUCGAAUCCCCGUGACGGGGUGAGCUACCGUUGCUUGUCCCUGCUCCUGCCAACCUAGCAGUUUGGAAGCACCUCAAAGUGCAAGUAGAUAGAGGUACCACUCCGGCGGGAAGGUAAACGGCGUUUCCGUGCGCUGCUCUGGUUCGCCAGAAGCGGCUUAGUCAUGCUGGCCACAUGACCCGGAAGCUGUACGCCGGCUCCCUCGGCCAAUAAAGCGAGAUGAGCGCCGCAACCCCAGAGUCGGCCACAACUGGACCUAAUGGUCAGGGGUCGCUUUACCUUUUUAACUAGAUGGAAGGAAGCAGUUUGAAAAAUUGAUGGAAGUUUAUAAAAUUACGCCUGGCACGGAGAAAGUGGACAGAUAUUUUUUUAUCCCCUACCUCUCUCCUAACACUAGAACUUCUGAAGCUGAACGUUGGGAGAUGUUUUUUUAAAAAUAUUUUUAUAAUAUUUUUUUUAAAGUAAUUUUUAUUAACAGGCCAAUCACAUCACAUUAUCACAUUGAUUCCAAAUUAUACAGCCAAAUUUUAAAUUUUGUUGGGGGUACCCAUACAUCAAGCUCAAAAUUUAUAUUUUUAUAAAUUUUAUUAGUAUUUUCCACACAACAACAACACGAAAAAUAUUGAAAAAUAACAAUACAUAAAACACAAAAACCAACAUUCAACAAAACAAAGCAAAAAACAAAUCCACAUUUUACAAGUUAAUAAUAUAAAUACUAAAAGAAAAACAAAAAUUGACUUCCACCAAUCCCACAUCACCUCCUUUAUCUCUCAUUGUAUCUUCCUGAUUUCCUUAUCAUCUCUAUCCUAGCCUCUAGAUAGAAAUCCCUCUUUCUUAUCCUUUCACUUCACAAGGUUAUUCCAGACUCAGCCAGAUUUCUGUCCUCGAACCUUGGCUUUUAAGGUAUUCAUUUAGACACUCCCAUUCCUUUUCCACUUCACUUUUUGGAACGUUGGGACAUGUUGUUUGGCUUAAAGCGACUGACAGAUUUAAGUAAUAAUAAUAAUAAUUCAGUACCAGUAAAAGAAAGUCCUUCGUCCAGCGCAUGGUUAACCUGUGGAACUCCUUCCCACUUUAAGAGAGGAUAGGACAGAUUCAUGAAGGAGGAGAGGACUGUUUGUGGCUAUUCUCGGGUCUCCGUGGUCGGAGGCAGGGAUACUUACGAAUACCAGUUCCUGGAAACCAGAGGAGGGGAGAGAGGGGAUCUUGUGUUCAAAUCCUGAUUGAGGGAUUCUGAUAAUGGCCGCUGUGAGAACAGGGUGCUGGACUAGACGGGCCCUUUAUGGCCUGAUCCUGCUGAUUCCUCUCAUGUCCUUAAGAGGAAUUGUGGCUGCUAGUCGGGCCCCCCGGCACCCAUCUCCAGGAGGGCUCCAAUCCUGGGAAGGGGCUGGGAGGGAACCCGGAUAACUUGGUUCUUUGCGGAAAGGAGAUUGGGUGGCGCAGGUGGGUGGAGCUGCCCGUUCUCAGUGAGAUCACGAACCAGCAUUCCCGAAUUUGCCUUCGUAAGACGCUCCUCUUACUUGAACGCUGGGUUGUCUAGGCAAGCAUUUUCAACCCGAGGCCACCAAGAUGUAGCCACGCUUGUCCAAUUCAAUCUGCAGAUUUCUUCCCGUGAAAUAAUCUCAAAGUUGCAUUUCCCAGAGAAAAACGCCAAUAGUAAAAGCAGCGGCUUUAGUUCCACAUAGGAAAAAAACAAUGACACAAUUUAAAACGAAAAUGAUCCUAAAAACAGUUCCAUGUACAGAAACAAUCUGAAACACUUUCAGAUCCAAUACAGAUGUAUAGAUAAUAUAUUUAAAACAUGUAUACAAUACAAUGUAUAGAUACUAUAUUUAAAACAAAUGUUUCUAUUUAACCUUUUUUCUUUUUGUUUCUUCUCUAUUAAAAAGAUUUAAGGAAAUAAUAUAAUACUGUGUAAAAUAUAACAAGUGUGAUUUAGGUUUUUUGAGAACAAUCAGAAGUUUUUGUUUUAAUUUUCUUGUAUUUUCUUUUUUCCCCCCAGUAUGGGAUGGGAUAUAAAUUGUAAUAUAGUAUAUUGAUGUAUAAAUCUGUGGAAUAUGUUCAAUAAAGACUUUUUAAAAAAAAAAUCCAAGACAGAGGCAGCCUAGGAAGCAGAUCUCCCCUUGUUGAAAAAGGAAGGCACCGGGAAGACUACAAAGCCCAUCAUCCACGACCAUUUCCUAAGCUUGCUGUGGAUGAUGGGCGUUGUAGUCCAACGUCGGGUGGGGAGGAAGCAAAUGGCUGAAGUACAGAGAUGGGGAAGCUGUGGCUCCAGAAAUUGCUGGACUACAACGGCCAUCGCACUUGCAGGGGCUGAUGGGAGUUGUGAGCCCCCAACGACGACAGGGAUGGCCUGUGUGUGUUGAAUCACUGUCCUCACCUUAAUCCUUGACCUUCUUUUGUAGCUCUACGAGACGGCCAACAAAUACCACUUCCUCCACAGCCUGGCUCUCCUGGCUGUGCCCCACUGCCGCUAUCCAAUGAUGGUAAGGAUGGAUGACUUAGAAUAGGCAGGGGUUUUUUGGGGAGGUGGGGUUACAAGGUGCCAACCAAGCGCCUCAGAGACUCCAAAUUUGCGUAGGGUUUAUUCCUCAGCUACUUCUUCUCCUAAAGGCGCAGGUCCAUUCUGUAUCCUGGGCAGUUGUUUACCAGCUCCACCUGGUAUGCAGGAUAAGACCCUCCCUGCCCACAGACUGUCUGGCCAGAGUGGUGCAUGCUCUGGUUAUCUCCCACUUGGCUACUGCCAUGCGCUCCAUGUGGGGCUACCUUUGAAGGUGACCCGGAAACUGCAACUAGUCCAGAAUGCGGCAGCUAGACUGGGGACUGGGAGCGGCCGCCAAGACCACAUAACACUGGUCCUGAAAGACCUACAUUGGCUCCCAGGACGUUUCCGAGCACAAUUCAAAGUGUUGGUGCUGACCUUGAAAGCCCUAAACGGCCUCGGUCCAGUAUAUCUGAAGGAGCGUCUCCACCCCUAUCGUUCUACCCGGACACUGAGGUCCAGCAGCGAGGGCCUUCUGGCAGUUCCCUCCCUGCGAGAAGUGAGGUUGCAGGGAACCAGGCAGAGGGCCUUCUCGGUGGUGGCUCCCUCCCUGUGGAAUGCCCUCCCACCAGAUGUCAAAGAGAACAACAACUACCAGACUUUUUGAAGACAUCUGAAGGCAUCCCUGUUUAGGGAAGCUUUUAAUGUUUAACAGACCACUGUAUUUUAAUACUUUGUUGGAAGCUGCCCAGUGUGGCUGGGGAAACCCAGCCAGAUGGGCGGGGUAUAAAUAAUAAAUUCUAUUCUAUUCUAUUCUAAAGCUGUUCCACAAGGCAGGGGAGGUUUGGGUAACCGUUGGGUGUGGAUGAUGGGAGUCGUAGUCCAAUGUUUGGCGGGUGCCAGGCUGAAAAAAGCUGUCCCCAUCAUCCCUGACGGUGGGACAUGCACAGCCAGGCCACAUUCUAGGUACUGGUACUAACCUCAGAGUUGGGAGGGGACCCCAAAUCUCAUCUAGUCUGACCCCCUGAAAUAAAACCUUUUUAUUUCUAUUCUUUGUAUAUUGUAUUGUUGUUUUAUUGCUGCGGCCGAUGGCUGACGCAAAUAAACAUUCAUUCAUUCAGUGAUUCUAACUUGUAUCUUUUGUUCCUCCCAGGCUGGCAGCAUCCUGUCUCUGGGGAUGGGGAUGUUCUCUGGCGCCCUGUAUUACCACGCCGUGACAGGGGACCCGAUCCUGACCAAGGCGGCCCCUUAUGGUGGUUCCCUCCUCAUCCUCGGCUGGAUCGCCAUGGCCCCUUGA